GAGAGAUGCUCGAGCUCGGACUGUAGCUUCACUUAAGCGCUGCUUAGUUAGGAAUGCCAUCUGAGCCUCAAUGUUUCACUGGGCCAAGUGGAAGAAGAGGAUGGGCGCGAAUAGCUCCUCCAAGAGACCGGUCUUCGACGAGAAAGAGGACGUGAAUUUUGAUCACUUCCAGAUUCUCAGAGCUAUUGGGAAGGGCAGCUUUGGGAAGGUGUGUAUCGUGCAGAAGCGGGACACGGAGAAGAUGUAUGCCAUGAAGUACAUGAACAAACAGCAGUGCAUAGAACGAGAUGAGGUCCGAAACGUCUUUAGAGAGCUAGAGAUCCUACAGGACAUUGAACAUGUUUUUUUAGUCAACCUCUGGUACUCGUUUCAGGAUGAGGAAGACAUGUUCAUGGUGGUUGACCUUUUACUGGGAGGAGACCUGCGCUACCACUUACAGCAAAAUGUCCAGUUCACAGAAGAUGCUGUCAAACUCUACCUGUGUGAGAUGACCCUGGCCCUGGACUAUCUACAGAGCCAGCAUAUCAUACACAGAGAUGUCAAACCAGAUAAUAUUCUUCUAGAUGAACAAGGUCAUGUCCACCUGACUGACUUCAACAUUGCUACGAUUAUCAAGGAUGGAGAGCGAGCCACGGCUUUAGCUGGAACCAAGCCAUACAUGGCACCUGAGAUUUUCCAGUCUUUCAUAAGUGGAGGGACUGGCUAUGCAUUUGAAGUAGACUGGUGGUCAUUAGGGGUCACCAUUUUUGAAGUCUUGAGAGGAUGUAGACCAUAUGAUAUACAUGCCAGUAACUCAGUGGAGUCUCUGAUGCAGCUAUUCAGCACAGUUAGUGUGCAGUACUGUAACUCCUGGCACAAAGACCUCAUCUCCCUGCUGCGUAAGUUGUUGACAGUAAACCCGGAACAUCGAUUCUGCAGUCUCGCCCACAUGCAGACAGCCCCCUACCUCUCAGACGUGAACUGGGACGCCGUCCACGAGAAGAAGAUGGAGCCUGGAUUUGUUCCCAAUAAAGGACGUCUGCAUUGUGACCCCACCUUUGAGUUGGAGGAGAUGAUUUUGGAGUCUCGUCCUCUCCAUAAAAAGAAAAAACGUCUGGCAAAGAACAGAUCCAGAGAUAACAGCAAGGAUUCUCAAUCUGAGAAUGAAUAUCUACAGGAGUGCCUUGAAGUCGUGCAGCAAGAGUUUGUGAUCUUCAACCGAGAAAAGUUUAAGAGGAGACAGGAGGAAGGCUGCAUGGCGGGAGAGGGAGAGGGAACUGAAGCAGAAGGAGACCCUGACCGAGAGGUGGAGGAGGCGGAGGGGGGAACUGAGGAUGAAGAAAUCGAGCCUGAGCCCGAGACCUCCAAACUGAGCAUGUGUGGUUCAGUGUGCUCAUCUCCAGGAAGCUCGUAGCGCCUCCUGCUGGUCACUUAGGUGUCAGUGCAGUCACCAUGCCUAUAAAUUCCUAAUAGCUCCCAGCACGGACAGGGGGUAACAGCUACCGUCUCCAUCGCAGUUCCAUUCAUCACCAUACGGCUCGGGUUAUGCCUAUACAAGCAGCACAUGACCUCCAUUCUUUCACCGUUUUGUUACUAAAUGGCCCCUAGAUUAAGCUCAGUUUUCUAUGCAACAUAUCUGUACAGCAUGAUGUAAAGUAGAUAUUUUAGGGGUAACAAGCCGCACUAUGAAUGCAUGAUAACACACGGAGCAAUAGGACUCUGCAGUAGGGAUGUUCCUAAGAGAGUGCUGGCCAAAUAUAGAUGAGAAAAUGCUGUUUUUGUGUAGCAAGAGGUUAAUUAUUAAAUAGAUGGGUAUUCACUGAACUUUAGACUUGCUUUGUUUGCUGUAUCUGCGGCUCCCUAUAUAAGUGGGCUGCAAUUUACUCCUGGUUUAGCAAUCCAUUGAUUUCUAUAGAUGCAGCUUCCAGAUAGCAAAAUGAGUGAUCGUCCAGUGUCAGCCCACUUUCAUCGACUUGUCCAUCUAUGAUAAAGUCACACAAAUCUAUCUGGCCGAGCUUAUCCACUACUGAAUCUUUAUGGAUUAUUAUAAGCAUUUUUGGCCUUUUAUUCAAAUGCCAAGAAAACUUUGAGAGUGGCUGCUGAUAAUGUUGCUAUUUUCAGGCCAAAGUGCCAUAACUGACCCCUGUGUGCCUAAACAAUUAUCUGCUAUCUAUGAUUAAACAGAUUUUAUUUUCAUUAGGUUC